AUCUGUUAGUAGAGUCUCGUCGGCUCGCCGCUACCGGAGGAUUGUUGUCAUUUCUCUGUGGCUAGCCUUAAGCGCUAGCUAGCCACUUGAUUUUCUCCUCCAAAAUACUUUGAUCCAGCAGGAUGUUAUUAUGGAGUGUGGCCCAAUUCUGCCAGACAGCCUGGUGUUGGAGAUCUUCCUGCGUCUGCCCCAUGAUGCUGUGCUAAGAGCUGGUCUGACUUGCAGACAGUGGCUGGCUGUCUCCAGAGAUGAGUUCCUGUGGAGGGAGCUGUUCUACAGCUACUACCGCAUCCCCCGCUCUGUACCCCGACACCCUGCGGCUGUGUCGUGGCACAGAGAGUUCAAGCGUCUGUUUGACUGUAUCCCGUGUGUGGAGGUUCAGACGCUGAGAGAGCACAGUGACCAAGUCCUCCACCUGGCUUUUUCUCACAGGGGUCACAGGUUCUCCUCCUGCUCCAAAGACUGCACUGUUAAGCUAUGGGACACAGAGCGGCCAGAUGGUAAUAUCUCAUUGGUGCACAGCUCCAGCAUGCGGCAGUUCAACUGGGGCUACACCCAAUUCUCCCAGUUCAAUGCCGAUGACAGCCUGCUGCUCGUGUCUGGUGUUUACCUGGGCCCACAUCACUCCUCCUCUGGGGAAAUUGCUGUCAUCAGUCUGGAAAAUUACACGUUGUUGUCACGGGUGAGGAACAAGCCGUACGAUGUGUUUGGCUGCUGGCUGAACGAGACCCACCUGAUCUCUGGGAACCUGCACUGGAUUGGCAACAUGACCUCCUGCUCUGUGCUCUGGCUCAAUAAAGCCUUCCAGGAUAUUGAAUCAGAGAACGUCAACGUGGUCAAGCGCCUUUUCAAGAUCCAGAACAUCAAUGCCAGCACCAUCCGCACAGUGAUGGUGGCCCACUGUCGUCGUCAUGACAACCCGGACUUGGUGCUGGACUAUGAGGCUCAGUCUCAGGCUCAAAGGCAGAAAGGGCAGCAACGGCAGCACCAGCCCCUCCUCUUUGACCUGGGAACCUCUGGCAGUGAGGAGGAAGACGAGGAAGAGGAAGGGGAAGGAGAGGGUCAGAGGCAAGCGAGGUGUCAAGGCCCCUCAACUGCCCGCCUCUCCCAGUCCACCAUCUCACCCCUUGAGCAAGUCAUACAGAGUUGUAAAAAUAUAAGCCUAAGGGAUCUGGAGAUCGAGACCCAGGUGGCCCAGAUGAUGGGCAGAGCCCACACGAAAGCACCUGACUCCGGCCUCAUUGAGCCUUCUGAGCCCGUGGAAGGAGAGGACAAAACGUACUUACUCUUCACUACUGGCAGCCUUACAUACUCCCCUCAUCAGAUAGGUAUUAAGCUGAUCAAACCUGACCAGAUGACGACUUCUGGUCCCGUCCUUGGCGAAGAGCGGAGUUCAGAUGAGUUUUUUGAUUCCCUGGACCACGUCAUUGAUAUCCAUGGACACAUUAUCGGUAUGGGGCUGUCUCCAGACCACAGGUACCUUUAUGUCAACAGCCGGGCUUGGCCAGCUGGAUGUGUGAUCUCUGACCCCAUGUUUCCACCUCCCAUUGCUGAGGAGAUAGACCUGCAUGUCAUCGAUCUGAAGAGUCUGAGGGAGGAGAGAAGGAGUCUGCGUGCUCACCGAGCCUUUACACCUAACGACGAGUGCUUCUUUAUCUUCCUCGACGUCAGCAGAGACUUUGUGGCCAGUGGAGCUGAAGACAAGCACGGCUACAUCUGGGACCGUCACUACAACAUCUGUCUGGCACGCCUGGCACACGACGACGUGGUGAACUCAGUCGCGUUCAGCCCUGCUGACCAGGAGCUGCUGCUGUCCGCCAGCGAUGACUCUACCAUUAAGGUGUGGCGUUCACCACGCAUGGUCCGCCUAGCGCAGGCCCCCGCCCGUCCACCGAGGCCCCGUGGCCUCCUGUCGUCCUGGCUGAGCCGCAACAAGAACUCCACGUCUGCGAACAGUGUGAAUGGAAAACCAUGAGUCAGGUUGGAAAACACUGAGUGGGAGGGAGCGGGGAGAGGAAAGUUUGAUCUUUUUCCUCUGUGGUGGGAAUAUAUAUGCACUCCAUAUAUAUAUGUAGUGUGGUCAGUGGUCUUGCUGGAGCUCACGGCAUUGUGAUCUACAGCAGUGCUCGGUGUCUUCAGCUGAAAGGCGAAGCGAUGUGAUGCAACUCAGGGUUAGACACAAGGGAGCGCCGUUGCGCCAACAAAGGACAGACUCUGUGUUGCUGUUGUAAUGAAAUGUUACCACAGAUAGAGAUAGUGUGGUGCUGCACAAGACAGAUGUUCAAACCUGGUUGGUUUUUGUCUGUUUUUAUCUGUAACGUUGUGUCUGAACAGGUCUGACACAGGACUCCUGGACCUGAGGUGUAAAUGUCCUGCAGAGAUGGCACUUAUCAUCACGGCUGUCAUGUCCUGCUUAUUAGAGACAAAGUGCUGUACCUGGAAAUUAUUUCAGAUAUUUUUUUUUCGUUAUUAAUGGAUAUAUCCAUUUGAUGUCUUGAGUAUAAACACCCUAUAAACCCAGUUUUCAAAGAAUUAUAAAAACCAUUUAAAACCAAAAGGGAAAAAGAGAUUGAGCUGCAUUUACUGCAGUCUGCCUUGGUUUUUAAUGAUGUCCCAUCCUAUUGUUUUUGUACCCCAGAAAUGAUCGAUCACUGUUCUAAUAAACGUAGAAUUAUUGAAUAAUUUAACCUAGAAGAUUUGUUGAGGAACAGUUUGCGUGAAGCAUGACUGUGAACGAAAAUUGUUGUUUGUGUAGCGAAUUAUUAUUAGGGCCUAUAUUAUGUAGAAAUGUAUUUAAAUACUGUCAUUCUUUAGUAGCACAAACCGACACCCUUUAAUUUUGUUAUGAGACUGUCUUAAAAAAUGUAUGUCCUUUCCUCAUAAUUACAUGUGACAGGCAUGUGUUUUGUUUCCAAGAAGAACUUUCCCGCUCCAUGCCCAAAAUUUCAAUAUAGUGUACAGAGUACAUGGAUAUAUGGGCAACUUGCAACUUGUCUUUCUGAAACAGCCACAACUAUAUACAGUUAUCGAGGUAAUUUUAAUUAUCCAAUUGGCCCUGUGUUUGAGGUCAUCUACUCAAAAACUAAAUUAUGAUUUACCACAUUACUGUUACCACAAUCCUCCAAAAUUUGUUAAGAGACGUCUUAUAUUCUAUUAAGUAGUGUGCACAUUAGAACAAGCAAUGUUACAUAACUUAUUUAUAUAUAUCCCCUUUAGGAUACUUACUCUGGGAGAUAAUUAUUAUAUUAACAUGGCACUAAUUUAAUUGUUAAAUUUACUAACAUUUUUAAAAUAUUGAUAUCAUAUUCAAUAAAAUAUUCAUUAAAUUGGCAGUUUUAUUAAAGCUGUAAAUCUGCAAAAACAGAUUGUAGUCCUGAAAGUCCUGAAAUGUUUGUGUGUACGUGGGUUAUCCCUUAACUUCCCAUCAUACUGGUAGUCCUUAUCAAGGUUGUUAUUACUUUUAGCGCUCAAAUAAAAGCAAAACAAAAACUAACAACAAAUUAACCUUGAGACUUUUUUUUUCAGUUGCCGUUAAACCAGCACAAGGUUCAGGUACUUAACCUCAUAGAUAUUUAUGUUUCCAUGGAGAUUCCCUGCUGUAGGAGGUUUUCCUGUAACUGAUUAAAACCCUUUAAAUAAGUAAUUUGCAUGUCCAGUUUUCAAAGAAAUCUCUGUGAAUUCAACGGCUGAAUCAAUCUACUCAAUCAGCUGACUCUUGCCAACAGUAUUGUCCUUGUUUUGAAAUGUGUGUAAUAAGUCACAGUCUCUCUCCUUGGUUCCCUUUGAAUGUUAUUUUUACUGUAGUUCCAUCUUUUUGAUCAUGUUAACUUCCCACCUUAAAUAAAAAGCAUGCCCUGAAAGGCCGCAAGUCUCAAAAAGUGUCAGAUUAAAAUCCUUUUUUCCAAAAA